GCUUCCUCACCUGUCUACGGCUACCACGCCCCACCUCUCUGUGCUGUGCCCUGUGCUGUGACACAGGAAAACCUGAAUAGGGGCGAGCUUCCUCACCUGUCUCACCUUACCUGUUCAAACAAACGGCUCCGUUUGAAACUCUACCCCAACCGAAUUCACCGAAUUCCACCAGGAAACCAACCGCAAAUGAUAGUUAGAAAAGAAAAGGUGGUCUAAACAAACUAUUUGUUAGGCCUAUCUCCAAGCCAAUUUAGAGACAUGGAGCCGACGUACCGCGGUCUAGGUCGCUGUUCCUGCGCCUUUUGGUUGGCAGUGUCCUUCGACAUAUUCGGGCUGCUUGUUCUUUUGAUCGGUGUUUUUGCGGACAUAUUCUUCUAUGACUUUUUAAUCUACGCCGGGGCCAUCAUCAUCUUCCUCAGCCUCGUCUGGUGGGUGUUCUGGUACACGGGCAACAUCGAGGUCCCCCCGGAGGAGCUGGAGGAUGACGUCGGGCUCUUGAAGAAGGAGCGGGGCAUCGCAGGUGCGGUGAGGCGGUUAUCCAACCGUCUCUCCAACAGUGUCAGGAACUCUCUGCGGCGGAAUGGAGGCCCCCCCCGCGGGGUCGCGAGAAGGGCAGGGACUGGGCUUUCUACGACACACAUGAGGGAUGCCCAACAGCAACCGAAGCCCCCGCCUGUCGUAUUGACGAUGGGGCCGCUUGAUGAGGACAUGCACACGGUGUCUGCAUCCGUGGACACUGACAUACCUGUUCCGCACACAGCUACAGAGACCUCGGCCAUAUGAUGCGCAAUGCGCACAAGGUUAGCCUAUUAUUUCCAAUCGGUCAUUAAGCCAUUUAGGCUAUAGCCUAGGGAUACAUUUUGUUAUUGGAUAGGCCUAACUUUCAUUAAACAUAGAUUAUAGGUUUUAUAGGCCAACUUCAUUCUAGGCUAUUGUUUUUGCGUGAUAAUAGCCCACAACUUUGAUCCACAAUUCAGUAGGCUAUAAUGUUCCUUAAAAUAAAAUAAAAUGACUAUGUGUUUCAGUGAAUGAGGAAAUAAACUGUGUGAUCUAAUGGAAA